GGUAUGAAGACGCGUAGUGCAGAAAUGGAAGCUCCAAAUAUUGCUGCGAUUGUUAAAGCUCGACAUCAUGCGCGUGUACUUUGCCCUUCGAGUGGACAUUUAGUUGGAAACACACCAAACCAGUUAAUUUCUCCUGGAAUAUAUGAAUCUGCUGAGAGCGGUUGUAAUGUAAACAACUUUUAUAGUGCAUCUGGAACAAGUGGUCAGACACUAUGCGAUGAUGUAAAGAUCUCAGUAGACGAUAAACCACACAAAACUCGUUCUGGUUAGUUUUUCGGUGGUUUGCUAACACUUCUUGCAUUUAGAAAAUGCUCCGAGAUUGUUACGCGGAACUUGGUCACCUGAUGAUAGACGUCUAUUUUUCCAGGCCGUGAGAAUGUACGGGCGUAACUUCAGUGAAAUCACACGUUUCAUUCGGUCUCGUGGACAUCGUACAUCAAUCGAUCACCAAACUGGGUCAUCAAGUGGCAAUAUUGAACUAACUUUGAAUAGUUUGCACUCUGGAAAUAAUUUUGUCUCUUCAAACAGUUUAUCAUCUGCCCUUAUCCCAUCUAAUUUAAGCGCUCCGUGCCCAAGCAACAUUACUCAACCUAGUGUUGGAAUGAGCACACCCUGUACCGGUAGUUCUGAUUUAAAUACACCUUGUGGUGGUCGGACUCGUGAACAAGUUCGUUUCUUUUAUCAACAAACUUGGCAUAAAGUACGUCGUUACACUAAAUUUCCCGAAGAGGUCCCACAACAUGUUAGGGAAGUUUAUGCAAUUGUCAAUUAUUCUGUGCUGCGUACACGCAUUAAGAAACCAUUGGACCACCGAUUGGGAGAAAAAUUAAACGAAUUGGUUCAUUGUGGUACCACUGUAAUCAAACACAAUGGGCGGCGUUUUUUGUUACGUACUCCUGUUUGUCCUGCUUUGAAGCAAUUGAAUAACAUCUCUGCACCUACACAUGAAUUCCUACUUCCUGAAGAUGUAUGGAUUGAAUUAGUUCCACGGACACAAACAGAUGCAUGGAGAGUAAUAGAGGCAGAGCAAAAUCCCCGUUUAAGACUACGCGUUGAUAUUAAUCGUCAACUUUCAGAUGUUAUUUUUCUAGUGGAAAACAAAUGGCAAUUGGCUGCUGAGCGUAUGAGAACACUUCUUGGCUUCCCAGCCGUCCACGAAUCCACAGUCCCAUCGGUUAUGCUCAACUUAUGCUAUAGUCAAGCUAUCGAUGGUGCCAUUCGCAUACAAGAAGUGGCGCGAAUUCGUUCAGGAGACAUUGGAUUACGUGCUUAUUUAGAUCGAAUGGAUACCAAACUCCAUAAAUCUAGGAUGCAGUCAAAUGUAUGCCCCACAGAAAAACAAGAUGCAGUUCAUGACGAUCCUGUGGAAUCUCAAGAUUUAGUUACUUCGAAUUCGACAACAAACUUAACAUCGUCAUCAUUGCGUACGUCAGAUCUCAGAAAUUCAGAAUCAAUUAAUGGCUUGUCAGUUACUACAUCAACGUCAAAUGCUGAGUUAGAUCUAAGAGAUCUUGGGAAACAAUUAUCAAUUGGUGUUACACGUGAGAUGGCACGUGAAAUUAAACUGGUAACUAUUUAUUUGUCUUUGGGUUGUCCAGACCGUAUACGUUUUGAAUAUCAAUUUUUCUGCACUAAAGAUAAAGGAUUACAGAAACAAUUGAAUUCAUCUUACUCCGACUUACUAAUUUGUCCACCAUUAGAUCCAGAUGGAGACGGUAUAAGUAAUGGUUUAAGGCGUCUUUUACAUUUGAAUGCCAGUGAUUAUUUACUUCAUCGUGAUUGGGUUUCUCGUCAUCCUAUUCGAAGCAACACGCCAGUCCCUACAUCUUUUCAUUCUUCUCAAGCUAUUCCUAGCGUUAACAUCUCAACAGUUGCUACAGUAGCGGCAACUCAAAGCUGCACAUCAACAUUAUUACCAAAAACAUUAACUGGAAGUCAUCUUUCACAGAUAUCCGAAUUACCUAUUAUGGUUACAGCUCAACAACCUUCAACAGUGACUACCAGUAUUUCAGUAAAGCAACCGACAGUUAUGAUGUAUUCUCAGCCAAAUACUAUACAGGUUCUUAUUAAUGGACAGCCAUCCAUUUUCCAACUGAAUUCCACCUUUUCAGCUUCAAAUCCAAUUAUUUCUUCAUUAUUAACAACAAAUAGUUUAAUGAAGCCUCCAAUAGCUUCAGUUCAAAGUCCAAAAUUAGUCUUAUUACAACAACCAGUUGGACAAAAAAUACAAGUUCCUAUUGUUGAACGACAAUUAGACCAUGAAAGACAAGUAACUUCAACUGUAGCAAUAAGUCAAGGACCAUAUAUCCCAUUACUACCGAAACAAUCAACUGUACCCAUUCAAGUCAGUGUAAAAACAUCGACACCAUUAACAGGCACUUUUGUAUCGUCUAGUUCUAUUCCUUCAAUGUCCACAUGUAUGAUUGAGAAUGAAAAUAAUUCACCUGUAACUUCAUCGUUAGAAUCGUUAAAGGCAUUUAAUGCACGACGUCGAACUAGUAUUAUAUCACAAGUCAACAAACGUUUAACUGAAAAUUCGAUUCUAACUAAAGAAUUACAAUCAAAACCAUCAACAAUUACAUCUAUUUCAAAUAAUUUACCUCCAUCAUACAAUACUUCAGCAAAUCCUUGUACGACUAAAUCUUCAGUUCAAUCACUUCAGGCAAUCGAUAAUCAAACUUUGACAACAAUCAAAGGUGAUGAAGCAUCUGUUAAUAAUAUACAUUCUAAAUCAAUAACACUUUCAACACCAUCAAAUUCUAAUAAUUUAUGGUCAUCCAUUAAUGUAUCGAAUAAUGAACCGAUGGUAACAACAUCAAUUGUUUUCAAUGAUCAGUUACCUCAAGUUCAUAGCAUAUCGAGCUUAUUAUCAUCUUCACCAAAUUUAUCAUCAUUACAAUCUAAUAAUGUAAUGUCUUUUAUUUCAUUAUCUAAAAAUUCUUCUAAUACAGAUGUUAAUAUGGAUGAUCUAUUGUUAGUCUCAACAGAGACAAAUCAAUGCUCUAUGUCAUCAUCAUCGUUCAGUAAUGAUACACUGGCAUCCCUGUUAAAUACAUUAUGUCCACGUUGUCCUUUAUCUUCUACUCAUGAUAAUCAAAAUAUAUUAACUGAAUCAUCUGCUCGACCUACUGAUAGUACUCUAUCUCCAUUAAAUGAAUUAUCAACGCCAGAUUUACAUAAAACAACAUUCUCUACACCUACAACUAAUGAUGUAAAUGUUUCACUUAAAAUAGAAGAGAAUGCUGAAAAAUCAUUUGACUUUAGAACAAUUGAUUCUGUUUGUAGUUAUCCACCAGUUUCUCCGUCAAUUGGUGAUAUUUCAUUUACUGAUUCAAUGGCUGCUGCUGUAAUGGAUGUGCACCAUAUGGAGUUAGAUCAUUCUGAUGGAGAGCAGAGUACCGAUGUUCACUCUGAACCGUUAAAUCUUAUAGCUUCAAAUCUUAUUAUUCAACCUGAUGUUUAUCCAAUAAGACCGUCAUAUGAAUCUCUUGUGGAACAUGAUGAUAUUAAAACUAGAGGUAUUAGUAGAUCUGAAUAUAAUUGCAUAACAAAUGUUGAAGUAUUCCUUCGAAUGAAUACACCACAAUCCAGAAGAAAUUCAGUUGGUCUCAAUUCAACGUUGCAAAUUCCGACUACUUCAUCUAGUUGAGAAACUUAUCAACAAGCGACAGCGAAAUUGUUUUGCCAAACAACUUUUUGCAUUUUAAGGUCGUAUGGCGGCAUUUAAAAAAUAGUCGCUAAAUACAUAUUAUGAAUGUUGAACAAUUACCCGUUAAUUAGCUGAUCAAUGUGAAUACUGACAUGAACCACCGAUUUUAUGUACAAUAAUGAUAUUUUGAAUGGUUGAAAUUUCCAAUAUAUUGUUCUUUUUAAGUGUCUACGUUAUCAUAUGCAUUGACAAUAUUUCUGCAAUCCCAUUUGAAACGCAAAUGUAUAGAACAAGGCUUGGAAGCUUCAUUGUAAUAUUAGUUACAAAAUUAUUCGUCACUUACAUUGGAGCUUGUAAACUUAUUAGGUCUACAAUAAACAAUAGUUUUGUCAGCACCUAUUAUGUCUUAAGAUGGAAUUUAAAAUAAGUAGUUUAGUUUGCGUGCAAGAGUGAGGUUGCACGACUGGUACCCACCUAAAUAGACACAUUAUUCAGAUUUUAAACGGACGCCUCAGUAAAUGCAAUCCGAUGCAUGUAUCUUCUUGUCAGAUCAUACCAAGACAUUCGUAACAGUGCACGGAGAAAAAAAAAGAAAAUCUUUAGUAAUUAAUAUUUUUAUGAA